UUGGGGGCCACUCAUGGAUCCCCCACAGAAAACUUUUAUGAGUAACAUCCUUAGAUUACAUCUGUGGGUGGUUCCUUCAAUACUUUUUAUUGCUGGUUAAGUAAACUAUUCAAAGUUUGAGUGAAUACUGAAAAUCCUGACACUGGAGGAAGCAGUGAACGCAUCAUGAGGCUGGUCAGACUGGUUAGGUGAGUCUGAGUGACGAGUACACCUGUCAGUCCUGUCUCCGGCCGACCUGGUUCAGUUAGAGCACGGCAGGCCGACACACGGACCCAUCACAAGGCGGCGCACAGUCCUGGUCCAGAUGUCUUCAGGAGGGUUUGCGGCCAGGUUCGACCGGGUCAGGGACUUUACAAUCUACGAUGAGGUUGCUGCAGACGCCCCAUAUUUUAACACCCAGCUACCCCCGCCGCCACCACCACCAACCUCAUACGGAAUGACGCAGGUGCCAGCGUCGAGCUUGGACCCCCUUCCCCCGCCUCCACUCCCUGACCAGCCAGCAGUUGGGCCAGAGACCUUUUACCCCCCCAGUGACAGUGAGCCCCCCGAAGGCGACUGCGACGCCAUGGACAUCAAGCCGGUCCACCGCUUCAUCCCCGACUCCGUGAAAAACUUCUUUCGUGGCAGCAGCAGAAACCGCGGCUCCAAAACCCAGUCUGUCACCUCUGUGCCUUCCAACCACUCCUCUGCCCUUUCAUCCAAAAAAAACCUCAAGUCCCACACCACAGAGGGGGUGCCCUGCUCUCCGCCGAACUCUGCGCCCCCAUCCCCUUCUCUCCCAGGCUCCACCCGGCCUUACAGCAGCUACCAGAAGGAGCAAGAAGCGCUGCUGCUGGGCGCAGAGGCUCGGGACCUCAUGUCCACCGCCCCCAGCAACAUCUCCACUCAGACCUACCAGGAGCGAGUGGAGGAGUACCACCAGCGCUACGCCUACAUGAAAUCCUGGGCCGGCCUGCUCAGGAUCCUCGGCUGCGUUCAGUUGCUGCUGGGCGCCGCCGUGUUCGCCUGUGUCUGUGCCUAUGUUCACAAGGACAACGAGUGGUUCAACAUGUAUGGCUACUCGCAGCCACAGCUCUACGGCGGGCUCGGGGGCGGUGUUGGUGGAUACGGGGCCAGUUCCUACUCCGGUCCAAAGACCCCUUUUGUCCUGGUGGUGGCUGGCCUUGCCUGGAUAGUGACGAUCAUCCUGGUCGUCAUAGGAAUGACCCUGUACUACAGAGCCAUCCUGCUGGACUCGUCCUGGUGGCCCCUGACCGAGUGUGCCAUCAACUUGGUUCUGGCGGUCCUCUACAUGGCUGCAGGGAUAGUGUAUGUUAGGGACACCACCCGUGGAGGCCUGUGCAACAUGCCUGUCUUCAACAAUGGCCUGAGCGGAGCCUUCUGCCGCACGGAGGCCGGCCAGACUGCAGCCAUCAUCUUCCUCUUCAUCAACAUGGUGCUGUACUUCAUCAGUGCUGCAGUUUGCCUGAAACUGUGGAGACACGAAGCUGCCAGGAUGAGAAGGGAGGCGUACGCCCAGGAGAUGAAGACUAUCGGCUCUUCGGUUCCGCUGCCGAUUCUGGAUUCGGUCUCUCGGGCCUCCGAGCAGACGCCUCUGCCAACCGUCCAGCCUGACAUCAUGAACGCACGAAAUGCCCCCGUGGGGUCUUCCUUAAUGGCGGCGGAGCCAGAGAUCCUUCACGGUCACAUUCCAGCUGGUCACAUCCCCAAACCCGUGGUUAUAGCCGACUAUGUGGUGAAGUAUCCCAGUAUCCAAUCGGCUGAGGAUCGGGACCGGUACAAGGCUGUGUUUACUGACCAGUACGCCGAGUACGGGGACCUCCACAAAGAGGUUCAAGCAAUGGCCCAGAAGUUUGAGGAGAUGGACAGGAUGAUGCAGGACCUCGCCUCCAGACCGUCCAGCCAGAUGGAGCAGGAGCGCAUCAACAAAAUCCUGAUGGACUACCGAAUGAAGAAAGCCGAUCCAACAUACCUGGAGAAGAGGGACAGGUGUGAGUACCUGAAGAAUAAGCUCUCCCACAUUAAACAGAAGAUCCAGGAGUACGACCAGGCUGCCGGUUAGAGUCCCAGCUCUGCCUUGCUGCAUGCUGCUGAGCUGCACCACAAAGAGGACCUUUGUCCAGCAUGAACUUGUUUGUUGACUCGAGCCGCAUCGCCUCAAACCUGUGAGAUCACAGACUGCUGCUCUGAGCGUCUUUGGAUGCUGAAUCUGCAGAUCCCAGCUCAACUGGAUCUCCUCUUCAGGGAUCUGCUGUCGUGUGGAAAUGAUCGUACUUCCAUUUUUGAGUCUGUCGUUUUUAUUCUUUCUUAUAUUUCCUACAGCUUGCGGCAAUAAAAUCUUUGUAUAUUACUAAAA